AUGCGGCACGAAUUCAGGAGCACCCUGCUGUUCGCGGUUUUUGGCCUAGCCACGCUGCUGCGGCUGAUCCUGGGCGAUGACGGUGACCUGCCAUAUAUCGACCUGAUGGAGGGCCUCGACUCGAGUGGCAACGACUUUGUGGCCGCCUGCGUCUGGAAUAUGACGGCCGGCAGUGGAACGGACAUUCUCUAUAACACUGAGUACUUGGGCGCAUAUCUGAAGGAUGGAAAGAAGUCGCUGGGCGACGCCUGGGAUAGUGACAACCCGGAGAAGUGCCAAGAAGCGGAAGCUGUCGUGGGGCUGCACACCGACGAGCGCGUCAAGUUUCGCCACGUGCACGAGGGAAAGUACACCGAGUGGUCGGCCAUUUGGAAGGUCAAGGAGUCCGAGGUGGAGAAGGCGGACACCAUCGUUUGUGUGCUCAUCGUGAAAGAGAAAAACCGCUUCAACGUGAAGGUGGUCGGCGAAAAGGGGACGUUGAUGGAGAAGGGCUUUGCCAGGUACCCCGACCAGGAGGCUUCUCGGUAUUUUGUGCUCGAAGUCUUCAAGCACCCCGGAUGGAAGCAUCACUACCUUCUUCGGGCUCAACGCGACGGAACGGAUUGGUACAGCGAGGGUGCGGCCAUGGAUUCUGAAGCAAAUCGCGACAAAAUGGCCGAGCUGAUCCAAAAACCGCGCUCCGAA